GAGCUACAGGUAGUGACAGGGACCAUAACAGCUAUUGUGCGCAGGCGCGGAGUAUCUGCCGGCAGAGGGUGCGCACACAGUGAGGGAGCGGUGCGGAUCGCUAUGGCUGCGUUAUGUGGUGUGCGGGUCGGGCAGCUCCUGGGGCUGUUGGCGCUGCUCUUCGGGCCGGUGAAGGCUCUGGAGCCCAUUAGCGUAGGAAUCGCCAUAGCAGCGGCGUCGGCUCUGACCGGCUACCUCAGCUCCCCGGACUUUUACUGCGGCCGCCUGGUGGAGUGCUGCCGUGACGGUCAGCCGCUCAACGCCACCGCUCUGGAGGCUGAUCUCCGCGACAAGCUGUUUGGGCAGCACUUGGCUCACAAAACCAUCUCGCGGGCGCUGACCGGAUUCAUGGGCAACCCCAGCCCCAAGAAGCCGCUCGUGCUGUCUUUACACGGCUGGACCGGCACGGGCAAGAACUUUGUCAGCAAAAUAAUAGCCGAAAACGUGCAUAAACUGGGCAUGAAGAGUAAGUUCGUCCAUCUCUUUGUGACGACGGCCCAUUUCCCGCACGACAACCAGAUCCGGUUAUAUAAGGACCAGCUGCACUCGUGGAUUAAAGGCAACGUCACAAACUGUCCGCGCUCCUUAUUUAUAUUCGACGAGAUGGACAAGAUGCACCCUGAGCUCCUCGAUGCCAUCAAGCCGUUUCUGGACUACUAUGAAUCGCUGGACGGCGUGUCCUAUCGCAAAGCAGUCUUCCUUUUCCUGAGUAAUGCAGGGGGAGAUCUGAUAACCCGUCAGACGCUGGACUUCUGGAAAGCGGGAAAGAGUAGAGAAGAUCUGCAGCUGAAAGACUUCGAGAACGUGCUUUCCAUCGGCAUGUUUAACAACAUCAACAGUGGAUUUUGGCACAGCAGUCUGAUCGAUAAGAACCUGAUUGACUUCUUCGUCCCGUUUUUGCCUCUGGAGUUGAAGCACGUGAAGAUGUGCGUUCUCGCAGAAAUGAAGGAGCGCGGCUUCGUCCCCGACGAAGACGUGGCCGUGAGAGUGGCGAACGAGAUGACUUACUACCCAAAAGACUUAAAUCUGUUCUCCGAUAAAGGCUGCAAGACGGUGCCUGUCAAGCUGGACUUCUACCUCUAAGCUCAUGUGGCCCUCAGCCGAAAGGAUAAUUCUGGAGGGGGGGGCUCGUACUGAGUGCCUAAUUUGGGUUGUUUUUUAUGUCCCAAACAUUUUGCAGAUGCCAAACUAAACAAUUUUAAAUAUUAACUUACAAGUAAUUAACCCCUUCAAUUCCAGCACAGACUCCUAACAUUCUGGUUUGUGCAACAAGGAAGAUGAUUCCAGAAUGUGUUCCUGGAGAAAGUCGAUUUGCGUUUAAUUGCUGCAUUACAAUUGCUGUAUAUUUUUAUAUGUGUAAAAAAAAUUCAAAGUUUUAAGCAAUUUUUUUUUAACAUUGAAUGUAUUUUUGUAAUUUAAACUUUGAAAUCAGGUCCCCUUUCUUUUUCCUGUGUAAAUAAUAAAGAACAGUUAUACGGUAGAACGCUUAUUCUUGA